GAUACAAUCGCACUUCAUGCUUUAUACUUCCACCAGUCACAGUCACCGCGGUUUCUGAGUCGCUCGUGUUUUUUCUAGACAUUUUUUACCAUAAAACAUCGACACAACCUGACUAGUUAGCAUCUAACCAAGUACGAAUGAUUUCUCGACAAGAAUCUAUGGAUGGACACACAAGCCAGUAUGGGUACGCGAAAAAUUUCAGGACUGCACUUCCCCAAUUCAUUGCAGUGAGCGUCAAAAAUUUGCUGUUGUUGGGUUAUGGUAUGACAUUAGGAUUUCCUACGAUCCUCAUUCCAGCCGUGAAAACCCCGGCCGUGGGAGAGGAACUGCAUUUAACGGAUUCUGAAGUAUCAUGGAUAAGUUCGUUAAAUCUAAUCGUGGUGCCGUUGGGUUGCGCGCUCUCCGGCGUGGUCACCUCUCCAAUGGGCCGCAGACGCGCUAUGCAAGUGGUUAACUUGCCUUUCUUCAUAGCAUGGCUUAUGUUCCAUUUUUCCUCUACUACUGAACAUUUGUACGGUGCCUUAAUUCUCACGGGAUUAGCUGGAGGAAUAUUAGAAGCACCUGUAUUAACAUACGUAGCGGAGAUCACACAACCACACUUGCGAGGGGCCUUGACUGCCACCAGCUCCAUGUGCAUUAUAAUAGGAGUCUUCACGCAGUUCCUCUUCGGCCUGUUUAUGUACUGGAGGACUGUCGCCUUGGUCAACAUUAUUUUAACGGUAUUGGCUGUCAUAGCUCUGUGCUUUGUACCAGAGUCACCACAUUGGCUGGUUUCAAGGAAACGUUAUAAUGACGCAAAAAAGAGUUUACAAUGGCUACGAGGGUGGACAGACGCUACCGCAGUGGAAGAAGAAUUAAGAGACAUUAAAGCAUUGUUUAAAACAAAAAAAGCCCAAUCAGAAGAUGAAGAAACGUUUUUGGAAAAAAUAUCUAAUUACACAGAUAAGGGCUUUGUUCUUCCUUUCCUUCUCGUGAGCUACAGUUUUUUUGUUGGACAUUUUUGCGGAAUGACUACUCUUCAGACCUUCGCUGUAUCCAUAUUUCAAAUGCUAGAAGCGCCGUUGAACAAGUACUAUGCUACGCUGAUUCUGGGCGUUCUUCAGAUCUGCGGAACUGUGAUUUGCGUACUCCUGGUCCACUACACAGGGAAGCGGCCCUUAACCUUCUUCUCCACUGGAGCAGCCGGAGUAUGUGCUUUGUUAGUCGCUGGUUAUGACGGAUACAUCAAAACUCACGAUAUAACGUUGCAUUCUAGUGCGAACAUGACAAAUAUGACUUCAGGCAGUUCACCGGACGUUGUGAUCAACCCAUACUCGUGGAUUCCCAUGACCCUCCUGAUGCUGUUGGCUCUGAUAACGCACACUGGUAUCAGACUACUACCUUGGAUUUUGAUCGGCGAGGUGUUUAGUGCAAAAACAAGAUCAGGCGGAGCAGGUUUAGCUAGCGCUGUCGGCUACGUUUUCGGUUUCCUCACCAAUAAAAUGUAUAUCAAUAUGGUAGACCGCUUUGCUGUGUGGGGCACAUACGGUUUCUAUGGUAUUGUGGGGUUAACAGGUUGCAUUGCUUUCUACUUCAUAUUGCCUGAAACAGAAGGUAAAACGCUUAACGAAAUAGAGGAUCACUAUGCUGGAAGGAAAAGGUUAACAAAUGCAGUAUAUCGGUCCAAGAAGCGGCCGAAAACUGAAAUCUCGUCUAUGUUUGAGAACAAAGGAACCAUUAAUCCAUCUUUCGAACCCGACAUCUCUAAAUUAUAAAGAUUGAAUUUACUUUUAUAAAAACAAGUAGCAAUGAUUUUGAAUGUUUGAGAACCGUGAACAUCUUCCGUGUUACUUCUACCUAGUUACGUCACAAAAAGGGCUGCACACUUUUGAAGAACCUAAUUUUUAGAAUUUAUCUCGAAAAUGAUUAGGUAUUAGAAUACCAGCCAAAAAUUUCGAUUUUUUUUUUAAAAAUAGCAAUAACUCUUAAACACAUUAACCAAUUUUAAAAAAAGUGUAUUUAUUAGAAGUAUGUUAGGAUUAAUUUUAAAAGAUGUGUUUGUAAUAAUAAAAAAAAUGUUAGUUUCUAUUCGAAAUAUGAAAAAGGGAUUUAUAGGUGUAAAACAGGUUUUCAUUUGCUUCAUUUACAUUUUAGAAAUCACAAUAAUUUUCGGUAAAAUUGACUUUAUUUAUAUUUAGUCAUAUUAAUUAUUCCAGAUAGGUUUAAUUUGUUUGUUGACUAAUAACCUCUGAUUCAUAACGUAAUUUAAAAUUUUUAACAAAGUACUUUUUAAAAUUUGUAUUGCUUGAGAAAAAAAUAAAUUUAACACGCAUGACAACUUGACAAGGUAAAUAAAUAUAGGCGCAAUGAGAACCAAGUGUCUGCGUCGUUUAUUUUCUUUUAAAAAGAGUUAACAACAGGUACCCUCACAGCAUAAUUUCAGCAACAAGCCUGCUAAUAAAGUUCAAAAUGCACAUAAAUGAGGCAGGUUGAACACUUUUUUUUUACCAAAAGUUAAAUGGUUUUUAAGUGAGUUACUGUUAUCUUACGUAACUAAUAUAGACUCUAAUAAAAUGUACAAAUAAUAAGUAAUUUUAAAAUAUGGUGUAUUUAUGUAACUUUUUUAUAGUGAUGAAAUGUGAUAAAAAUAAGGACUGUGUGAUUAUACUUAUUACGAAUACCAUCGUCUAGUCUACCUGCCGUUGUAAAAGCUUCCACUAUAAUGUAAAUAAACUACAGAAUUUUGAGGAAUUAUUGCACUAUGUUUUGUAUUUAU